UCCAUGCUCAUGAGCAAUCCUGAAAGCUGUUGUGUAAACACAUGACUGUUUUAUACACAUAGUAUGGCACAUCAAUAUUUUAACUGGAUUUGUGUUGUUUACCUCCCAUAUUCAAGUAUCAGCAGUCUCAAUACUGCAUACGGUAGACAAAUGUUGCUUUUAAAAUACAGUAUGGGAGAAAAUCCAGGAGCAUGAUGUCAUCAACAGAGGGAUGAGUCUGUUCUGUUCAGGGAGGGGCAGAAAACCAGAAGUUAGACUCAUUCAUACAACAGAGAGAGCUUGGCUGUUCCUGAAGACGUGUUGCACAGCACUUACUUGUAUCUGCUCGGAGGUGAAUUUGCAGUCAAGAAAUGGUUUCCAUCACAAAUGAAAACACUACGGAACUUUACAACAUCAUGGCCACUCAGGAGCUCGCAGUCAGUCCAACAAAUUGCAACAAUAAUUCAGGAGUUCAUCAGCUGAAUGAAUACAAAUGUAUUAAUUCAUACGUAUGGCAAUGGCUACAGGAUUUUCAGCCUGGCUUCCUCUGGUUUAUAUUUAUUCUUGGAGCAUUGGAAAAUUCCUUUGUCCUCAUCGUCCUGUGUUUCCACAAGAGUCCCUGCACAGUGGCUGAAAUUUACCUAGCAAACAUGGCACUUGCUGACUUAAUGUUGGUCUGUGCUUUACCUUUCUGGGCCAUUAAUAUUUCUAAUGGGUUUCAAUGGCCUUUUGGCCUGUUCCUCUGUAAAGCUGUCAAUGUAAUGAGUAACAUGAACUUUUACUCUAGUAUUUAUUUCUUGACACUUGUGAGCAUCGACCGCUACCUAGCCUUGGUGAAAACCAUGUCUCUUGGACGGAUGCGACGAACUGUCUGUGCCAAAUGGAAUAGCUUUGUCAUCUGGACAUGUGCAUUGCUCAUAUGUUCACCUACAAUGGUGUUCCGAAAUUUACACUAUUAUGCAGAAUACAACAUCACAGCCUGCACUCUCGUUUACCCAGCCAGCUACUGGGAGCCUGCAACCAACUGCUUGUUGAAUAUAGUGGGCUUUGUGAUCCCACUCUGUGUAAUUACCUACUGUACAACGCAAAUCAUCAAAGCCUUGCGAAGUAAUGAGCUACAAAAAAUUAAGCUAGUCCAGACAGAGAGGAAAGCCACCAUGCUGGUCCUUGCUGUGCUUUUGCUUUUCAUCAUUUGCUGGCUUCCAUUCCAAAUCAGCACGUUCAUUGACACAAUCCGUUACCUUGCACCCACUCUUAAAUGCCUGGAAGAAAUCAAUGACAUAGUGACCCAGAUAGGUACAUACUGUGCCUUUUGUAACAGCUGCCUGAACCCAAUCUUGUAUGUAAUUGUAGGGAAACACUUCCAGAAGAAAGCUGUGGAAUUCUACAAGGACUUGUUUCCAAAGAGGUGCAGAAAAUCACAGUCUGUGCAGAUGGAAAACUCCCUGGACACUUUAAGAACUUCCAUUUCAAAUGAAUAUCCAAGGAAAAAGUCUGUUUUCCCAUCACCAUGAUAACACAAUCUGUUCAUUACAGAAAAAAAAAAGCCUAACUUAUGAGUCUCCGCUAAUAUCCAUCUACUACUAGUCAACAAAAUAAUUGUGGUAGUAUUCAUCAUUUGUGAGAAAGCAAGGGUUUGAUCUUGAUGGAAACUCCAUACAGGGACCUGCUUCUAAUACUACUGAAUACUUUUCAUUAUCAAAUCCUCCUUUGUAGCAUACUCACAUAUUCAUGGCUGACUAAUAUUUGAUGCAUUUAAUGUUUGCAUUUCUAAGGUGUACAUGCAUGUACAGACAGUUGCCUGAAUAGAGGCCCCGGUCCUGCCAGGAUUGUGCAACUCCUUAUGGUACCUAUACAGUUUGUUGGACUAGACUUUUGACAGAAGGGGCUUGUAGUUGAGUAAGUUCUGGUAAAUUAAUCCUGUAGGAUUAUUAUUCAAAUGGGGUUUUAGGUGCAGCCGUUUUUUUUCUGUGUUCAGUCAUCCAAAGCUAUUUCAAUUAUUAGAUCAACAAGCUGUGCCUUUUUGCAACUGCUCUGCCCCUCCUAGUUACAGGUUUACAUCAGUUUGUACAUAUGGAAAGUAGCUCUAAAAAAAGGCAAAGCAGUACUGGAAGGAAGGCUGUAGCCAGCUGCAUGAAGCUAGCUGAGGUUUUUUUGUAGCAGGAAACUGGUUUACCCCUUCUGCACUGGAUAAAGGCAUACACUUACUCCUUUUGAAUGACUGAAUAUUAUUUAUCCAUACCUACACUUCAGCUCAGAGACUUAAUUUUCAAUAUUUACAAAGGGUAAUUAAUAUUUGUAAUGUUAUUAAAUAGAAACAUAAAAG